UCUGCUGUUAAGGGUCAUAUAGACGGUGUUGUUCUCACAUAAUAUUCACCUCGAGGACUAGCGCGGACACUUGGCCUAAGCAUCCCAUCUACUCACAAUUCAACUCCAUAUCUCUUGAUCGAUUCCACUUUUUCUUCAGGCUUACCUCUCGUUGUGUUGAUUUGUAGCUCUGAGGACUAUGGAAAGCGAUAAAAAUCGUGUUCUCAGAAUCGUUCGAAAUGCGGGACUUGCACACCCUAGUCUUCCUUUAGUUGAGGCAUUUCUCAACGACACUGUGGAUGGUGACCAAGCUGCAAGAUAUCUGCUGGAAACAUACGCCAUUGAUGGAGUUCAUGUAGAUUUUGUAAGAUUUCGAAAGGAUUGGAAGGACUUGGUGAGACGUUGUAUGUUUUAUCCCCAAAAUUAGAUUAAAUACCCAUAGCUAAGUGAUAUCAAGUCUAUGUGCAAUUUCCUCAUUCAGGUAACCUGAGUUAGACUUUGAGGGAAAUAAUUGCGCGACGAGAUUGAUUCCGAUGUUGCUUGUCUGGAGCGCGAGUCUGGGGUAUUUGGAAUGUAUAUCCCAUUCUUCCUCCGACUGCAUAUUGUACACAAGAGGUGAGAACGACUCGGACAAUGUAUUGCUGGCAAUUUUUAAUCUUUUUAUAGCAAAGACUGUAUGAUAUGCUCGGUGCAUUUA